UUGGGAGUGAUCAUACGUCGUCUUUAGAGUAGGUGUGAAAACUGCUAAGAAAGUUAGUGGUUUAAUGUAAUUUUUUUAGACCCACAAGGAAAAUUGGUCAGUUACACAAGCUCUGUGGUGUAAUGUAAUUACCGUGUAAUUACCAUGUAGAUAAACACACAGGACGCCGGGAGGAGUUAAUAAAAGAAAGUCAAGGAGGCCAGCCCACACCCUCAUGACUGAGCAAAGAUGGAUGCCAAGCAGGAUAAGCAAGCCAGUUCUUCAAGAUGUCUCUCAACAGUUAGUGACUCGUCAAGAGAAGAACCUCCAUAUUUCAGUGAUGAGGAAAGGAAUCCUCUGUGUGCUGAGGCCGACAGAAUGGAUGCAAACGACGAAAAAAGACCCACAUCACCAACUGCUCCCUCGCUAAAGAGUGAUCGGUCGAGGGACCUGCCAUUAGUGUUUAACUCAGGAGAUAAAGAAGCAAGGAAUGUGAUACCAGUUGCAACACAAUCCCAUAUUGAUGGGCCACAGGCAGAAUACGACCUGAAACUCCCACCACUGAUUGAGGACUGGACCAAAGAACACGUCAAAGACUGGCUGAUCAGUAGACUUAGAGUACCAGCACAAAUUGCACAAAAUCUCUAUGACCAAGAGUUGUCAGGAGCUUGCCUGGUCUCCUUUGAGAAAUGUGACUUGUUAGAACUAGGUGUUCCACCAGCUCCAGCAAUCCAAAUCAUACGACAGGUUGAGAGGUUCAGGAGGCAUUCAGAGACUUUUGAGCCAAGCGUGAGGACACCAAAGAGUCACUAUGAACCCAGCAAAGGUGAACUAUGGAAAAGUACAGAGAGGCAGGUUGUGUCAGGAAAUAUGGAUCAAACUAUGGAAACUGAAACUGUUUCAUCAGAUUCAGGAUUUCAAAGUCUCCAAAGCUCCACAGUGCAGAUGUUGCAGAUGGCAAGAAACAGAACAGGAUCUGUAGCAGAUCAGAAGGCAACAAAUGACGUGCAAUUACAUACUGAAAUUACUGACACUGCAACAUUUCUACAGUUAAAGAGGCCAAUAUGUCAGAUCCGGCCCUUUGACCAAAGCAAUUCCAACGUCUUCUACAUACAAAAUUACAUACUUCCUCCUGUGGCAGGUCCAAGUAAUCUCCUUGACCCCGUGCAUGAGUACCAGCUUCUUCCUAGUCCAAAUGAAGCCAGUGAAAGAGAGAUCCUUUAUGAAUUCACUAAAGAAGUAUUUACUUUUGCUGCAAGCUGCAUGAAUUCACGAACCAAUGGCACAAUUCAUUUUGGAGUGCACUACCAGCCAGAACAGGGACACGGUGAAGUAGUUGGACAUGAGAUCACCUCAUUCAGUAAAUAUAAUGAGGUAUUUGAAUCAUGUCUGAGUGAAUACUUUGAAGAACAGCAUGUAAAUGCUGCCAGAAGUUGCAUCAGGCCUCCAAAUUUUAUACAAGUUCACUCUCAAGAUGGAACAACGUCAGACAAAUGGGUGAUUGAGGUUGAUGUUGUCCCAACAUCUUCAGAGACACAACAGAAUCUUUUCUAUACUCUGUUGGGUAUUACAUCAACAGAAAAAAAGCAACAGUGCAAAACUGAAUGUCUCUUUGUGCGGGAUGGCCCAAGGUCAAUCAACAUUUUAGCAGAUACUAAUCCCCGGAUAUGCCAAGAGAAGAUGAAAGGUUUGACUGAUAAAGUCCAGUGUUGGUCUUCAGCACGAAAGACAGCAGAGGAAAAGGAUGAAAAACAGCCCUCCCAAGGCCACCAGGGCCAAAGGUUAAAACAGCUGAUAACUCGUGGAAGAGAUGCAUUUGAGAAUUCCUUUCAAUUUAUUGUUGUCACAGACAAAUGUCAUCCAAGCCAACUGGAGCACUUGGAUUUCCUGAAAGAGAUUAAGUUGUUUGCAGUGCUUGAAUUUGACCCAGAGUCUGAUGUGAAUGGAACAUGCAGUUUUUACAGAGGAGACCGCAUAGCCAAUCUGCACUACCCACACAUGUACACCACUCAGGACAGUCCAUCUGCAGUCAUUGGAAGACUGAACUUAUCUAAGCAAACAAGUUGGAUUUUCUGCAAUGGACGUGUGAAUGAAGAGGGUGAGAUGGACAAGCCACUAACGCCCAGUGAAUGGCUUAAAAAGCGCUCUGGUGAUGUUAACAAGAUGGUUUCAUUUCUUUGUAACCCAGAUUUGUUUCCCAAAGACAGACUUGUGGUAUUCAUUCUUCACUCAGCAGUAACUGACAUUUCAAGCCCUAUCUUGGAGACCUUCUGUGCAAUCUAUCGCACCCUGGAAGGGGCUGACAAUAUGUUGUGCAUUUGCAAAAACUUCAGUGUAUUCAGUCACUGGCAGCAGCUGAUUGAGUCUCGCUGUAAAGAGGACAUAACCAAUAAAUGCAUCUAUGAACUGAGUCUGAAUGAAAUAUCAAGCACCAUCAAAAAACUUAAAGAACCUCAAACACAGUCUUCUAGGAGAUUCUUGCCAUCCACAGGCUCAAGCUCUGUCCUGCUUGCAAAAAAAGAUGAGGAGCUUAUGACUGUUUUGGACAUCUUGUGUGAAAAUGAAUGUCAGAACACAGAGAUUGAAACGAAUGAUUCCUUUCAGGAGUUCAAAACAAAAACAGAGGAGCACUUUUACAGAGGAGGACAAGUCUCGUGGUGGAACUUUUACCUUUCUGAGAUGGAGGGCAGCCUGCCAUUCAUCAAACGAGACAAAUUCAAUGAACUAUAUGAGCUGAUCACACCUGUGGGAGGCUACACAUCUCCAUGUGUUAUGAUCAAUCUCUUCCAUCACCCUGGAUGCGGGGGAACGACUCUAGCAAUGCAUGUUCUUUGGAACCUGAGGCAUAAAUUCAGAUGUGCUGUUGUUAAAAACAACAUGGCAACAAAUAAUGAAAUUGCAGGCCAAGUCAUGAAGCUGCUGACGUAUGGCAAACAGGAGCAGUCAGGAUAUACACCUGUUCUCCUCUUGGUGGACAACUGGGAUGAUGUAGAGGACCUAAAGCAGUGCAUUCUCACCAGUGACAGGAAGCGGCAUAACAGUCUAAUGGUAAUCAUACUGAACUGUGAGCGAACACAGGUCCCUGAUGAGAAAUCCAGAAAUAGCCGCAUUGCAAAUGUGUUCAUCACCAACAAGCUGUCACCCAAAGAGCAGAGUUUGUUUUCUGAGAAGCUUCAACAACUCAAGGACGACCAUGAAAAGCCUGAGACUUUCUAUGCCUUCAUGAUCAUGACAAAUAAUUUCAGUGAGACUUACAUCAAGAAUCUGGUGAGCAACAUUGUGAAAGAUCUCGACACCACUACCCAGCAGGGUAGGCUUUUCUCCUUCCUAGCUUUGCUAAACACCUAUGUCAAUGGCUCCUACAUGUCACUUUCUUUGUGUGAAGAGUUAGUGGGAAUAAGGAAUUCUCUGUGGAAACAAGAAACUCUUGAGGACAAAAUGAAUCCCUAUUCUACACUUAUGAUCACUUUCACUGUCGAAGAGCAUGGCACCUAUCAAGCAGUGCGGUUCUUACACCAAAUGAUCGCUAAGGAGUGUCUUGAAUUCCUUAACCAGAAAUGCAAAGUUUCUCUGGCUGAGAUAACUAUUGAUGUUUUGCACAGUGACAAACUCAUCAAAUCAUACAUGGGAAAGGAUUUCCUGGUCCAAAACAUCCAAAGCAUGCUCAUCACACGUCACAGAAAAGAACAAGGAGAUGACAAAGACACUUUGUUUUCCCCGUUGAUUGAAGACAUACAUGAGGAGGAAGGACCUGACAAAAUCAAAGAAGUCUUAGAAAGAGCCACAGAGAGGUUUGACAGAAGUGCAACACUGCCACAAGCACUGGCAAGAUAUUUCUGCUUGAAGGAAAAAGACUUUGAAUCUGCCCUCAAGUGGGCUUUGGAUGCACAAGGGAAAAAUACAAAUUCCUACAUUGCAGAUACAGUUGGACAAGUGUACAAGAGCCACCUCAAAAGGGAAAUUGAAGAUUCCGAGGAUCUCACUCCAGAAGCACUUGAAAAAUGCUUAACACUAGGAUUCAAGGCUGUAAAUGCAUUCCAGGAUUCCCAGGAGCUAGCCAAGAAAGAUGAACAAGUAGACCCACAUGAUCUACACACCAAAAAGAAAACAAAGUCCUACAAUAUAUCCGGCUAUGUUGGAGAGACAGAAACUAUGAUGAUCCUUCUUGACUUCAUUAAAAAUCUUCCGCUUUUUGCAGUCAGUGACCUUAAAAGAGAUCAAAUACUGCAGUUUCUCAGAGGUAGCCACCCAGUGAGCAGUUUAUAUGAUCACAGCAGCACAAGCAAUAACCAGUUUGUGGCUGUCCUGGCAAACCAUGAGAGAUUUCUGACCUCCCUGAAGCCAAGGCUGAAGGAAAUCUUCUGUUUUUUUGAGACCUACUUCCUAUACCUAAAGCCUAGGUCAAAGGAAAGGGAAAUAGCUGAUGAAAGACACAAACGAAAGGUGUCUGACUUCUUCAAAAUGUACAUUCAAAUAUUCAGUGGUUCAGAAGAGGAAAAAGCAUCUGAAAAAGCCAGUAAACCCAAUCUGAGUCGCCAUCAGACAAUAGUCGACCACAGGUGCUAUCUGGAAAUGAAGCGAGCAGACACAUUUGCCGGACUUUUGCAGUGCUUGAAUGACAAAAAUGGGACGGAAAUGGAGCACAUUCUCACAAAAUGGCAGUCCAUAUUUGACAGCUCACCCAGAAGAUAUGUCACAGAUACAGUCAACUUCAUCUUGGCAAACAUAGUUCUGCACUGUAUCAAGCCCUCCUCCAAACUGCUGAAAAAAUAUGAAGACCUGGUUGGCCUUCUGAAUGAGGAGCUGCAAAAGGAGGGUACACAGUCAAAACAGACAGAGCUGUACUACCUCUCCAUGCUGCUCAUGUGGCCUACACAAAACCGAAGGCUUGAAAACUCUGCAACAUACAAAAAUAUCAGCAUGUACAUCACAUCAGCGAAGAAAUCUUUUCACCGACGCUUCUCUCACAUGUUUUCAGCAAGAAGUGCUAUUGCUCAUUUCUACCUUGGGAAAUCCAGUGGACUCAAGCGAAUAGUUUCCAAAAUGACGCUUGAUCAAAUUUUGAUCCGUGUUUCGAAGACAGAAGACUCUCACAGUGCCCAAGGUAGUCAGUCACGUAAACUGCACCAUCUCUGGCAGAGUGGUGCUGCAUGGAAAGAGCCAGAGGUCCAGAGCAAGCUAUUAAGGAUUAAAGGGAAAUCAGAAAAUGGUGACAUUUAUGUCAGCUAUGGUGGCAGCUUAAAAAUGCCAGUGCGUCCCGUUUACCUGGGUGAUAUCCGCAGUGGGUACAGCAGGGAAGAUGUAUCCUUCUACCUUGGAUUUACCAUGGAAGGUCCUGUGGCCUAUGAUAUUAAGUAUGAAAAUGUCCAAUGAGCAAACUGAACUUGCAGAUGUAAACAGUUGUAAGAUGAUAGUGGUGUAUUUCACAGCAAUGAAACUGAUCACCAGCUUAGAGGCUAAAGGGAACUCUCAACACUGUGAGUGGACGGCUGUGGGUCACCCUGGCUUCUUUCUUUUCAUCGAGUACAAAUGAUUUCGGUCUGUAACCCUUUGAACAAUCUAUUAUCAUUACAGAGUAAAGGAACAUUAAACAAUACUUAGCUAAUAAGGAUAUUGGAUACACUGUUUAUUUGAUCAUCUUUUUUGUCUUUUUAUACUCUAUCUUUUUAAAAGUUUUGGAAAAGUGGCCAUACAUUUACACAAGUUAGUAUAUUACUUUGAUUUAGUCUGUGACACAUAGGCAGGCCACUUAAGAGAAGUUUCAGUUCCUAGUUUGUCUGCCACUGACAUUUUUGUGUGAUAUUCAAGGUAUUUUUUUCUUCUUCUUUUAUUGAGAAAGACAGUUUUGUAUAUGUAUAUAAUAUUUUCUCAUAGAGACCUCAAUAAUGGGAAAACCAAACCCUGCAUGCUCAAAUGUUGUUUAGUAAAAGUGAGACAGAGGUCUUAAUUUACGGUGUGAUGUCAUGUUUUACAUUUUUUUUAAGUUUUAAUCCUUUAUAGUACUUUAGUCCCUCAAGCUGGGAAAAUUUAUUCUCUGCAUUUUACCCACACAAAGUGAACGAAACGUGCUGGGGUAGAUCGGUGCCUUGCUCAGGGGCACCACGGCCAUUGUCACAGAGGCGCCACCCAUAUCCAUUGUGCUUGGCCGAGGAAUCGAACUGGCGACCCUCCGAUCUCCGGAUUUGUUUAAUACACGUUUCAUGUUUAUUUUUGAAGAUUGUUGGAUUUAUUUGUGAUUAAAGAACUGGCAUACUGUUAUACUGAAGUCAAAGUCAAAAAUGUACAUGUAAACAUUUGAUGUACUGUUAAAUACAGAUCUUUUUGUCAGAGCCUUAAUAAAAAAAAAAAAAAUGGUAGCUUGAGAAUGAGGAAAUCCUUUACUGUGGUUGCAUCUUGUAUAUCAUGCAAAUGUCUUAUAAAUGGUGGUAUGCAGAACUAGAGCUUGAGCUUGUCCAAUCAGGCUGCAGGUAGGAACUCUAUUAUGGGAGUGAUGGGUGUGUGUGCUCCUCCUGUUGUUCGCAGCUCAUUGGUUUUGACAAUGCACCACUUGCACAGCAUGGCAGUUUUUAAUAGUCUCCACAUCAAACGUAUCUGCAUCCUGUUUGCUGUGUUCCUCGCCUCUGGACUGCAAAUAAAUUUCCCAGCUGAAUUG